AUGUUGCUAGAAAGAGAUGACACAGAAUUUGGUUCUCCUCCGGAGGCAGCGGGUUUAGACUCAGGGUAUGAGAUGGGGGACCGCACCUGCAGACAGGACGCUGGUGCCGCUCCCAUUCUCUUGCAGCACGUUGGAGCAUUGCGUUUUCCAAUUGUGCCAAAAGAGGCAGCUGGUGUCCAGGUUCUUGCGGUUCUUCCCUCUGCUCAACUCAUUCAUGAAGUCAACGUGUUGGAUUUGAGCAGUCCAGGAGUGACCGGAAGUGCUUCCAGACUCCAGAUCUGCUCCUGGAACCAAACUUGCUCUCGGGAAGGGGACAAGGAGAUUUCAGAAGAGACUACUGACACCGGCUCAGGCAACGGGAUCGUAGGCGCCAUUUUCUGGACGAGUCUGAUGGGUGAGAGUGUGGAACUGAGGUCUCACGCUUUUGCAGGUUGUAUGAAAGCAGGAGCCAGAGACCCCACACCAGCAGCAACCCUGAGCCGACACCCAGAAAGACCGGCAAUAGUGGCCUCCACCGCCUCGCACCCACCCAUCAAGGGGAUCCUGAAGAACAAGACGUCUGCGACUUCCUCGGUGGUGUCCUCGGUGGAGCAGCCCCACCGGAGUGUUGAAGAGGAGUUGAGUAAAAAAUCCCAGAAGUGGGAUGAAAUGAACAUCCUGGCAACAUAUCACCCAGCAGGCAAAGACUAUGGUUUAAUGAAAAUAGAUGAACCAAGCACUCCUUACCAUAGUAUGAUGAGUGAUGAUGAAGAUGCAUAUAGUGAUACAGAAACCACUGAAGCCAUGACUCCAGAUGUUCUAGCUAAGAAAUUAACUGCUGUUGAAGGCUCAGAACCAAAGUAUUGGAUUCAAGAAAAAAAAAGCAGAGUCGAGGAGAAAAAUGACUUCUCACUUGAAGAACGAGAAAAAAAGCGACAAUUUGAAUUGAGGAGGAAACUUCACUACAACGAAGGACUGAAUAUUAAAUUAGCUAGACAACUAAUUGCAAAAGAUCUACACGAUGAUGAAGAUGAAAUGUUAGAGGCAGACACUGAACAAUCAAAGCAAGGAUCUACUGCAAGUGGCCAACAGCAAAACAAAUCACAAAAUUUAUAG